CGGGACUAGAAGGUCUGGGGUUCGAAACUUAAUACAACCUUUUUUUUUUUUUACCUUCCCAUUUCUUUUCCCCACAAACCCAGCCAAAAUUUUUCGUUUUUCUCCCAAACCCAAACCCUAACUAGUAACUCCCUAGAAAGUAGAAACGAGCCAAAGCCACGACUGACCAGCGACGCUGCGCCGGCCCACGGCCUUCCCCACCGCGACGGCGAACAAGCAGGCAGGCGGCAGCAAUCUUUCCAGCCGUUUGAAAGGAAAGAGAUUUUCAAAUUGAAAUGGCGCACUCGAUUUCAGAAAAAUCUUCUUCAAUUUAUGAUAACCCAGAAAAUAAUCUUCAGCCUUUCUUUGUUCUUCAUAGAGGGUGUUCUUCCUCCUCCGCCUCGUUGUCCCGCCCGAAAUCAAGGAGGAAAUUAAAUGAAGAAGCUGUGAAUGAAUUUGAUGAUCAUUAUCUCAACAAUUUAAGAAUUAGUGCUUUCCAUUCUGUGUGGUCCAACAUUGAAAGCACCAUUAAGGGUGUCCUCAGAGAUAUUAAUAUAAGCAUAUUCAAAGAUAUAAAUUCUUGGGUUCAGAAUUCAUUUAAAGCAGUCAGAUCAUGUGGGGAACCAGGCUUUGCUGAAGCCACUCAGCCAUAUCCUAUAGCCCUCGCUGCCUCCUCGAAGCAGAUCUUCACUGGGCUUGUCUAUACUAAGAAUAUGGAGUUCGUUGAUGAUCAAAUUACCUUUGAAGAACUUAGAAAUCACUUGAAGUCUCGUGGCUGCCAUGUAGCUAACAUGUCUUCACUGGACUUCUCAGCUAAGAACGGGAUUGGUGGUUGUUUGAGUUGUUUAUUGAGAAAGUUUAUGAUGAUGACCCUGGAUGAUGCUGACAUGUCCAUUCUAGCAUCAUGGUAUUGUGGACAAAGUGAGUGUAUGCCAGUGGUCAUAAUCAUUGAAGAUAUGGAGAGAUGUUGUGCUUCAGUCUUGUCUGAUUUUAUUCUGAUGUUAAGCAAAUGGGUGGUUAAAAUUCCAGUCAUCUUGGUAAUGGGAAUUGCCACAACGCUUGAUGCUCCAGGAAAUAUACUAUCUUCAAAUGCUCUGCUGUGUAUCCGCACUAGUAAAUUUAUACUGGGAUCUCCAUUUCAAAGAAUGGAUGCUAUUGUUGAAACUGUUCUUCUAAGGCCUUGUUCAUGGUUCAAUGUUGGCCACAAGGUGGCUCUUUUCAUGAGAGACUAUUUUCUGAAACAUGAUGGAACCUUGACUUCUUUUAUAAGAGCUUUAAAGAUUGCUUGUAUGCAGCAUUUUUCUUCAGAGCCCCUAAGCUUCCUGCUGAAAGACUUGGGUGCUGAAGAUGAUUUUCAGGAAAUCUGGAAGGAGAAGCAUGUCGAUAUGCAGAACAUGGUGUUGAAGCAUUCUUCUCAACUUUGUUCUUGCGGAAGUGAUAAAGAUGGUGAACCCACCAGUGAAAACUUAGUCGAUGCUAUCAGAGAACUGAAGAGACUGCAGCGACGCUGGGCUACUGUGGUCCUGUGCCUACAUGAAGCUGGAAAUCCCUUAAAUGUACAGCUGUUAGAUUUGUAUAGUGAGGCCCUUGAUCCUGAUAUGCCUAAAUCGAGUACUUCUUAUGACCAAGGGACUUCUUCAAGGAAUGGGUGUUUUUCUAGUCAAGAUGGUGGCUCUUCCAUACGAGCUUCCAUUUUCAAAACAGUGCACAAGGUAAGGGAUCUUCCACCAGCAGCGCUGUCUGAACUGCUUAAUAGCUGGGAGAGACAUGCUGAUGAUGCAUGUGAGAUUUGCGAUAAAGUCAAGGAGUUGCAAGUUUUGAUGAAUUCUGUGGAUAGCAAGAGCUCAGGAAGUGAUUUGGUGAAUGUUUCCUUGAGGUUUUCUUCCCGAGGGACAGAUGCACCUAAAGAUCCAAAAGUAUUGAGAAAAGCUGUUGCAUUGAUUGAAUGGAUGCUUCGAGAUCAGAUGAAGCCCAUUGAGUCUUUGCCCUUUCACGAAAUCUUGUGCUUUAAGAAGGUUGACAAGCUUCAAACAGCCUUACUGGGUGAUCCUAGAAAAAGAAUUCAAGCUGAUCUGCUGGAGGUCCGUAAAUAUUUGCGCUGCGGCUGCUGCAGUAGUAGAGAAAGUAGAUUGUUGCCAUCUCUCCAUGACACUUCAAUUUUGUAUAUUCUGGCUCAAGAGCAUGGUGAUAUCAUUAAUGUUCACGAUUGGUUCCAAUCUUUCAAGGCCAUUCUCGUAAAUCCAUCUAUCAAAGCUAGGAGUAAGUCAAAGCAUUCUUCAACACCUAAGAAAAAGAAAAAUACUGAACAUUCGGAUAGCUACAGUGCAGCGGCAAUUCAAGCACGUUUCUGCAAGGGAGUUUCAGAGCUCCAGGUUACUGGACUACUUCGAAUGCCUACGAAAAGGCGCCCAGACUUUGUGCAGAGAGUGGCCUUUGGACUGUAACAAGUCAUAAUUAUUACUCAUGCCUGAAAUUGCAUCUAUGCCAUGAAUUCCAGACUUUUAGAAAGCUAUUCCCCUACUUUUGUUUUCUGUACACUUUAAUCAUCCUGCACUUAUCCUAUUUUAAUUUCCAUCGCAGCCUGCAGAAUUAUCGGUGCUUGCAUGUUGUACUUUGUAGAUCAAAACAGAGAGAGAUGUGAAGAAGACCUUGUCACUACUAAAAUCACAUUAUCACGGACCAUGUUGGUUCAGCUUAUGUAAGCUUCAUAUCAAGACGUGUGCAUAUGAUAUUUUACGCUUUAGAAUUGGUUCCGCUGCCCAUUUCCUGGUGGGCAAUAGAAGUACUUUGUAACGUAGAAGUAUACGGUUUCUUAAUUUUAAUGAAUUGUCAUAAGCACGUCAUUAGUUAAUACUUCAAGUUUUCCAGUAUCUAUCGGGAUAUAAAUUUGAAGAAGUUUCAUAACA